AAAAAGAAGAAAAUCGUGGUUUCCAAUUGAGGUGGCCGAUGUGCUUACACUGAUUCCCUCUUGCGUGAGUACCUGUAGACAGCCAUCACAAGCCGGCUAUGCGUGGUAGCGUUGAUUCCCCACUGAAAAUUCUCAAGCGGAACCGGCCUCAACCUCUGCAUUUCAUAUCAGCAGCCUGUCUCAAUUGUCACUGCCACUCCAUAUCUGGACAAGGACAGGAGAAGAAAAGGCGCAGAUAUGGCCUCCCAGCAACCGCAACAAGCCCCCGAGCAGACCGAGCUCGAAGCCAAGCGAACAGCUCACGUCGAGCAGCUGUCGCAGUGGCUCACUCAAAACAGCGCCAUCUACAACAUCUUCUUAUCCGGUGUAAAGCAAACAUCCGUCGUCGCCGGCACAGUCGUCAGCCGCCUCACUCUUACGUCUACGCAUUUAAACUCCAAGGGAGGCCUUCACGGCGCGGUCUCAGCGGCGUUUAUAGACUUCACGACGGGGCUGGCCAUUGCAUCAUGGGAUUUGCGGGAGAAGACGGGCGCGAGCGUCGACAUGCACAUUAGCUACUUGAGCAGUUCGGCGGGCGCAGGAGAUGUCGUUGAGAUUGUGGCUACGGCAGAAAAAGUCGGGGGGUCAAUGGCGUUUGUGACGAUUUUGAUACAAAAGGUUGAGGUGGUGGAUGGCGAGGAGAGGAAAACGCUUGUGACGAAGGGGCAUCAUACCAAGUUUGUGAGAGGGAGCGCGAAGCCGAAGGAGAAUGGCGAGACCAAGGUUUAGAUGGGACUUGAUAUAAUGUAUCAUAUAGAGGGACUUGUGAUGAUAGAUGGGAUAUUGAUAGACUUUUAGACAACUUCAAGGCGCG